UUCACGUUACAGGCGCGAGGUUAGUGUGUGUGUCGGCUGCGUGACUAGACAUCGGCUUUUACCCGUGUGGUUGUGUAAUUUUGUAUUUUUGCAAGAAAUAGUCCCUAUUCGGGUGCAUUUAUGCUAUUUGCAUUCCGUUCUGCAGUUACAAAACGCUUGCGGGUUAGUUAAUCUGGUCAUUAGUUAAACACAUUUACUCUGCAUACUAAACUGCACUGCAGACAUUUGGUAAAGUUUGAGAGACGUGGACAAUAGCGUUUAAUUCUACAACCAGUUUACCCAGAAAGCAGCAGAAAUGAGUGGUAUUGUUAAAGAAGAGACACGCAGUGUUUCUCCUCACUGCCCCAAACCCAACGAAUCUGAAGAGCCUGAAGGUACUGCUAUGGAGGAGACCACUAUUGAAAAGAGCCAGCAUGGAGAGAUUGUCAUUACAAAAGAAAUGGAAGAGGAGGAGAAACAUUUAGUAGAGGAGGGAGAGAAAAAAGAAAGAGAAAUGAUGGAAGAGGCCAGACAGUCUUGGGAGAAAGAUUCUCAAGAGAUGCGAUUCAAAAGACUUCAGCACCUUUUGGAGAAAAGCAACAUUUACUCAAAGUUUCUGCUCACGAAGAUGGAACAGCAGCAGCAAGAUGUGAGUAUUGUGAGAAAAUUAAAAAAAGAAAGACUGGAGAAGAAAGCUGCUAAUCAGAAGCAAAAGGGAAAUGAUAAAAAGACUGUAAAAGUUGAGAGAAAGAAGCGUGAAAGGGAAGAGGAUUACAAAAUCGCAGAUGUUAUGACCAAAGAGGAAAUUCUGUCAAAAGCCAAAAAACCUAAAUUGGAAGAGGAGGCUCAUUCAUCAGUAAAACUGGAAGCUGAGGAUAUAGAGAAGAUAAGCGACACCAACUCUGAUAUUAAAGGCCGUCUGUCUGAGACUUUGCGGGAAAACAGCAAGCAGAUGCUGGAUCCAGAGAGAACCGUGAAUGGCCAACCUGUGCCUGCACAGCAGCCCAAACUCUUCACUGGGGGUGUGAUGAGGUGGUACCAGGUGGAAGGCAUAGAGUGGCUCAGGAUGCUGUGGGAGAAUGGUAUCAAUGGUAUCCUGGCUGAUGAGAUGGGUCUUGGAAAAACCAUACAGUGCAUUGCCCAUAUUGCGAUGAUGGUUGAAAAGAAGGUCCUUGGGCCCUUUAUAGUCGUGGCUCCAUUGUCCACUCUUCCAAACUGGAUCUCAGAAUUCAAACGCUUCACCCCAGAGGUGUCUGUCCUGCUGUAUCAUGGACCACAAAAAGAGAGGAUGGACCUGGUGAAGAAGAUCCGUCAGCCGCAGGGUCCUCUCAGGAUGUGCCCUGUUGUUGUUACAUCCUUUGAAAUAGCCAUGAGAGACAGGAAGCUUCUACAGCGUUUCCACUGGAACUAUAUGAUCGUGGAUGAGGGCCACAGGAUUAAAAACUUGAACUGUCGGCUGGUGCAAGAACUAAAGAUGCUGAUGACUGACAACAAACUGCUGCUGACAGGAACCCCCCUGCAGAAUAACCUGUCCGAAUUGUGGUCUCUCCUCAACUUCCUCCUUCCAGAUGUGUUUGAUGACCUGAAGAGUUUUGAGUCAUGGUUUGACAUUAGCACCAUCACUUCCGAUGCAGAAAACAUUGUGGCUAAUGAACGCGAACAGAACAUCCUUCACAUGCUUCAUCAGAUCCUCACACCCUUCCUUCUCAGAAGACUGAAGUCAGACGUCACACUGGAGGUUCCACCUAAGAAAGAGAUCGUAGUGUACGCACCUCUCACCAACAAACAGGAGGCCUUCUACAUGGCCAUUGUUAACAAGACUAUAGCAAAGCUGCUGGGUCAGGAAAAGGAUGAUUCAGCACCUGUGCCGCUGACAUCCAGUGGCCGACCAAAGCGCAGGACCAGGAGGGUGGUGGACUAUUAUGAGUCAAACACUGACUCUGCGAAAGAUCUUGAGAAAUACCUAGAGAAGGUUCAGAAAGAGAUGGACAGUCAGUCAAGCUCCGGCCCAGUGGUGGAUGUUUCUUUGCCAGUUGAUGCUCAAAUCAACUUGAAACUGCAGAACAUACUGAUGCUGCUGAAGAGGUGCUGCAACCAUGCUUACUUGAUAGAGUAUCCUCUGGACCCCGCCACUGGAGACUUUAAGAUUGAUGAGCAGCUAGUGGAAGCAUCAGGGAAGUUUCUUAUCCUGGAUCGAAUGCUACCUGAACUAAAAAAAAGAGGGCACAAGGUGCUGAUUUUCAGCCAGAUGACCUCCAUAUUGGAUAUUCUGAUGGAUUAUUGCUAUCUCCGCGGUUAUGAGUACAGCCGACUGGAUGGGUCAAUGAGCUACGCAGACCGAGAUGAGAAUAUGAAGAAGUUUUCUUCUGAUCCGGAGGUGUUCCUCUUCCUCCUGAGCACUCGAGCUGGUGGUCUUGGGAUCAACCUCACAGCUGCUGACACGGUCAUCAUAUUUGACAGUGAUUGGAAUCCUCAGGCGGAUUUGCAGGCACAGGAUCGGUGUCACCGUAUUGGGCAAACAAAGCCUGUGAUGGUUUACCGCCUCAUUACGGCCAACACCAUCGAUGAGAAGAUCCUGGAGAGAGCCUCUGCCAAGAGAAAGCUAGAGAAGAUGGUCAUUCACAAAAAUAAGUUUAAAGGUUCUAAAGCAGAGCUCAAACAGACCAAAAGCUGUGUGGAUGUAAAUGAGCUUGUGGAACUGCUGAAGUCCAGAGACUAUGACGGGGCAGUGAAAGGCACUAAGGGAAAGGUCAUCAGUGACAAAGAUCUGGAAAUCCUACUAGACCGUAGUGAUUUACUGAAUCAAGCCAAGAAGCGUGUCAAACGUGAGAAGGACGGGGUGUUUAAAGUUAUCGAGACCAAAGAUGACAAUGGUGACAUCAGUCUGUCCUGAAAGCACUGACACUUGAAAUCUGCCAUUAGGCCAAAGUUGAUUUACUACCACUGCCUAAACUGAUCAAGCAACAUUAACUGGUUGAAAAGCUGCCUGCUGGUUCUACUGAGAGAUUGAGAUCUUUUCCAUUUUAGACUUUUAAGUUGACCACUGCUGCUUUUAAUAAGUCCAUCCUUGGUUAUGAGUUUUAGCAGAUGUAACAUGUUAUUAAACAUGUAAUUGUAUUUUUUUUUUGGAUGCCAUGUCAACUUUUGUUUUGGGAUUAUCACUUAAAACAAAAAUCCCACAGUUUGGCUAUUUUGUAAAUACUGUUGUACAUUUCAUAUGUAGUUGACUAAAUAGAAAACGCACAUGUAAACUGCUUUAACGCACUUUGACUUUCUAGUAUACUGUAGAACAAACAUUCUUGUUUUAUAUGUUGUUUUUCAAAACAUAAUAAAUAUUUUGUAUACAGUG